CGGAUUCGCGGGGCAAAGCUCCGGUCGAGCUCCAACGGCGAUAAAAGAAGACAUAUAUAAGGGACAUACCCCUCGAUCGGAAUUGGAACUUAUCAGACUGUGCUCAAUCCAUUCGUAUCUCUUGUUGGGUCCUGUGUUUCCAGAUCUGUCACCGCGUACUUUGCUGAGGUCUUAUCUCGGCCGUCUAGCUUCUUCCCCACAAGUGUUACGUUUAGCAGCCCAUCAUGUCUGCCCUCCGCCCCGGCCUCAAGCUGCGAUCUUUCGCACGCCUCCCCGCUGCCCGCACCCUCAGCACCACACCACUGCGGGCAGCCCAGCCAUACUUCUCCAAUGAGCCUUCUGGUCCUACAGUGUCCUCGGCCAUCCCAGGGCCAAACAACAAGAAGGUUGCUGCGGAGUUGAACGAGGUGUUUGAUGUGCGCAGCUUGAACAUGCUGACUGACUACACAAAGUCCAUUGGAAACUAUAUUUCUGACCUCGACGGAAACACUCUUCUUGAUGUUUACGCUCAGAUUGCCUCUAUCCCCGUCGGAUACAACAACCCCCACCUCGAGAAGGUGGCCACAUCGCCCGAGAUGAUCUCCUCAUUGAUCAACAGACCAGCUCUGGGUAACUUCCCUUCUGCUGAAUGGGCCGAUGUCCUCAAGACCGGUGUCCUCAAGGUUGCCCCCAAGGGCCUCAACCAGGUGUACACUGCCAUGGCCGGCUCCGACGCCAACGAAAUCGCCUACAAGGCGGCCUUCAUGUACCGUCGCCAGAUGGAGCGUGGAGGACCCGAGGCCGACUUCAGCGAGCAAGAGUUGGAGUCCACCAUGCAGAAUCAGCAGCCUGGAUCUCCGCAAUUGUCCAUCCUAUCUUUCAAAUCCGCUUUCCACGGUCGUCUCUUUGGCAGUCUGUCUACUACUCGUAGCAAGGCUAUUCACAAGUUGGAUAUCCCCGCCUUCGACUGGCCCCAGGCGACCUUCCCCUCAUUGAAGUACCCGCUUGAGGAGCACGCUCAGGAGAACGCCCAGGAGGAGCAGCGCUGCCUGCAGGAGGUUGAGCGCCUUAUCAAGGAGUACCACAACCCCGUUGCUGCUGUCAUGGUCGAGCCCAUCCAAUCCGAGGGUGGUGACAACCACGCCUCGCCCGCCUUCUUCCAAGGCCUGCGCGACAUCACCCAGCGCACCAACGUCCUCUUUAUCGUCGACGAAGUCCAGACCGGUGUCGGUGCCACCGGAAAGUUCUGGGCCCACGACCACUGGAACCUCCAGUCCCCUCCGGACAUGGUCACCUUCUCCAAGAAGGCCCAGACAGCCGGUUACUACUACGGCAACCCCGCCCUGCGCCCCAACAAGCCCUACCGCCAGUUCAACACCUGGAUGGGUGACCCGUCCCGCGCUCUGAUCUUCCGCGGUAUCAUCGAGGAGAUCGAGCGUCUGGGUCUGGUUGAGAACACCGCUGCCACUGGUGCUUAUCUGUACGCUGGUCUUGAGCGUCUUUCGCAGCAAUACCCGCAGCACUUCCAGAACCUGCGUGGUAAGGGUCAGGGUACCUUCAUUGCUUGGGACUCGCCUAAGCGGGAUGAGAUCCUGGCCAAGGCUAAGAGUGUUGGUGUCAACAUUGGCGGAAGUGGACAGAGUGCUGUUCGGUUGAGGCCUAUGCUUAUUUUCCAGAACCACCACGCCGAUAUUCUCCUGGAGAGACUCGAGAGUGUGAUCAAGGCGCUGUAAUCUGGAAUUAAAUGUGCAUUGAUGAAUUUCCUUGUUUGAUUGUUAUUUUCCUGAUCAUCUAGGCUUGUUUCGGAGUUAUACGGGUUUCUGCACGCAUCCCGGCGGAUGUUUAUGACAUGAUAUUUAACGCUCAAUUGAUUUAAUUCUAUUCUCACAAGUCGCCUGCUUGGGUAU